GGUGCAUGCUUUAGCAAAUACCAAUGACAAUGAUAAGGGGAGCUUUCUUCUGCCUCUUGUUUUUCUCAUCUUUCUUUGUUUUGGGCACUGUUCAAGCCAAUCCCAACUACAGAGAUGCCUUAGCAAAGUCCGUACUGUUCUUUCAAGGCCAGAGGUCCGGGAGGCUCCCUAUGUCCCAACAAAUUACUUGGAGGUCCAACUCUGGCCUAUCCGAUGGUCGGCUUGCCAACGUGGAUUUAACCGGAGGUUACUACGAUGCCGGAGACAACGUGAAAUUCAAUUUUCCGAUGGCCUACACCACCACCAUGCUAUCAUGGGGCGCACUGGAAUAUGGAAAGCGAAUGGGCGUCACCCAAUUACAAAGUACAAGGACUGCAAUACGAUGGGCGACUGACUACCUCUUAAAGUGUGCCACUGCCACGCCUGGUAAGCUCUACGUUGGUGUGGGUGAUCCCAACGUAGAUCACAAGUGUUGGGAAAGGCCUGAGGACAUGAGCACAGUCCGAACCGUGUAUUCGGUCUCUUCUAGCAACCCUGGCUCCGACGUAGCCGCCGAAACCGCUGCUGCUUUAGCCGCUGCUUCCAUAGUUUUUAGAAUUGUUGAUCCUAAGUACUCAAGGUUGCUAUUGAAGACGGCCAAAAAUGUUAUGCAAUUUGCAAUGCAAUAUCGAGGCGCUUAUAGUGAUUCUCUCGGCUCUGCGGUUUGCCCAUUUUAUUGUUCAUAUUCUGGAUAUAAGGAUGAACUGCUGUGGGGAGCUGCAUGGCUUCUAUGGGCGACCAAGGAUGUUUCUUACUUGAAUUUCUUAAAAUCACUGGGAGCUAACGAUGGAACAGACAUCUUCAGCUGGGACAACAAAUUUGCUGGUGCUCAUGUUCUCCUAUCAAGGCAAGCCUUGCUUGGCAAUGACAAGAACUUUGAUCCAUUCAAACAAGAAGCUGAAGAUUUCAUGUGCCGGAUUUUGCCCAACUCUCCCUACACAACUACACAAUAUACACAAGGCGGGCUCAUGUACAAGCUACCUGAAAGCAACCUUCAGUAUGUUACAUCCAUAACAUUCUUGCUAACAACCUAUUCCAAGUACAUGUCCGCUACGAAACACACAUUUAACUGUGGAAGUCUUUUGGUCACUUCCAGUUCACUAAAAGCCCUUGCAAAGAAACAGGUUGAUUAUAUAUUAGGAGAGAACCCACUGAAAAUGUCAUAUAUGGUAGGCUAUGGGCCGUAUUUUCCAAAGAGAAUUCACCACAGAGGAUCAUCCAUGCCCUCCUUGGCAACUCACCCACAAACCAUAGCUUGUGACGGUGGUUUCCAACCCUUCUUUUAUUCAUCCAACCCCAAUCCCAACACGUUGACAGGCGCCAUUGUUGGGGGUCCAAACCAGAACGAUGGCUUCCCAGAUGAUCGGGGUGACUACAGUCAUUCAGAACCUGCCACCUAUAUAAAUGCUGCCAUUGUUGGACCUUUAGCAUACUUUGCUGGGAGCUACUCUACUUGAUGAAGGAGUUCAAUGUGUAUAUAUUCUAGUUCUCCCCCAAAAACCAACCAUGCACCACCAAGAAAUAGGUGGACUAUGUGAUUGUGUUAGUUUGAUUUUUUUUUUUUCUUCCAAUUUAUAUAUAAAA